CACACGAAUGACAAAAAUUAACAUAUCUCUUUAUCUCUAACAGGAAUCUGUCAUUUUUGCUUAUUUCUUUUAUGUCUGAGGAUAAAUGUAUGCAAAGAUAGCACAUUAGAACUACACAAGGGGAUAUAAGUUCCUCUUUUGUAUUUUUGCUGUCAUUUGAAAGUGAUUUGAACUUUGCUAAGAUGCUCACUGAGAUCAACGGAUUCUGUUUGAAGUUACUGAAUAUACUCUACAGACAGAUGAUGUUUCCAGAAUCAAUUCCUCUCUUUUUGAUAGUUCUUGUGUUCAGUUCCUCAACUGAUUCAAAUGAAAGUUUUAUAAAAGUUCCAGAAACAGAACAAACUAAAUCUGAAGGAUCAUGUGUCACCAUCCCCUGUACUUAUGAUCAAAGAAAAGAUAAAAACAUGAAACUUCUCUGGUUUAAGAAUCCAGUAUAUGAUCAAAAAGCAAGCAUCUUUAUUGGGACUAUUGUAUAUAGUAACACAGGUGAUCGUAACCAGUCAGCAGGUUACUCGAGUAGAGUCGAAUACAUCACUGAUAAAACUGAAAACCCCACAAACUCUUGGAUAAAAUGUGAUUUAAGAAUCAAUGAUCUACAGAAGACAGACAGUGGAAAUUACAGCUUUAGACUCAUUGGCUCAGACAAAAAAAAAUACAUGAGCACACAUAUGAAUCUCACAGUUACAGACAAUCCUUGUAAGGUGAACAUUGAUUCAUCAGAGAUGAAGUAUUCAGUCAAAGAGUCAGAUGAAUUUACUGUUCGCUGUUCAACCUCUGUUUCCUGCUCAUCUCAUCCUGAGUGGAUUCUCCAUAAACCAGGAAGAAAUCCAGAAAGAGUGACGUCAUCAAAUAAUAGAUACACACCGAAUAAAGAGGAAAAUGAAGACAAAAAGAUCACCAGACUGAAAUUCAAUACAACAUGGGAAGAUGACAACAUGAUCUUGUCUUGUCGUCCAGAAGAAAGUCAGGACAGCUGCCUCACUAGAAAUAUCACUCUGUCUGUUGAAUAUGCACCAAAGGAAGCAAAAGCAACAGUGAGCUCUGAUAAUGUAAAGGAAGGAGAUUCUGUUACUCUCUCCUGCACCUCUAGAGGUCGCCCUGAGGCCACCAUCUCAUGGUUCAAACAAUGGGAGAAAAUUGUACAAUUGGAUGAGGGGAGACUAGUUAAUGUUAAACCAGAAGACAGUGGAGAAUACUACUGCAAAGCUGAAAAUAAGCACGGAAAUGUAAAAUCAAAUACAAUUUAUAUCGAUGUUAAGUAUGGUCCAAAACAAGUCAGUAUGACACCUGAUGGUAACAUUAAUGAUCUCAAAGAGGGAGAUGAGCUGAUACUGAAGUGUUCAGUGGGGUACAGUAACCCAGCAGUCAAUCAGUUUAAAUGGUUCAGAUAUAAUUCACAGUUACGGCAACAAACCAGUCGGACAUUAACCAUAAGUGGAGUUAUACCAGAGGACACAGGCUCUUACCACUGCACAGCAAGCAAUGGAAUAAAAACAGCACAAUCUAAAAGUCUCUAUAUAUCUGUAAAGUAUUCACCACGCAAUAUUAAAAUAGAGGGCAACACCGAAGUUAAAGUGGGCUCAUCUGGACUACAUCUAACAUGUUCAGCUGAUGCAAACCCUCCACCAUCCUUAUACACUUGGAAACACAAAACUACAGUGAUGUCUGAAACAUCUAGAGAGUUAAAAAUUCAUAGUGUGACCACUGAACAUUCAGGGACGUACACAUGUGAUGUUACCAAUGAUAUUGGUACAAAAGCUGAAUCCAUUGAUGUUGAUGUGCUUUAUCCCCCUACUACACCUGAGUUGACCAUGAAGAGUGAAGUGAGAGAAUAUGAUGUGAUCGCAAUUAUGUGCAAUGUGCAAAGUUAUCCUGCAUCAGAGCUGACAGUGACCGGACCCUCAGAUCUCAAAAACAUUCCUACGAGUCGAAUGAACAGCACUGAAUCUGAAAACAUGUUAAAAAUCUACCUGAAUAUAACUGAGUCAGAUGCAGGUGUGUACAGGUGCACGGCAAAAAAUUCAGAGGGAACAGAAUACACUGAAAAACAGCUGCAGGUGUUGCAUGCACCUAAAAAUGUUAGCGUGAGUUCUGAUGGGGAUCAGACGAUAGGAUACAAGCUGACUCUUGCAUGUAACUCUCGAUCUAAUCCAAAUACAUCCUCUUAUGAGUGGAAGAAACUCAUCAAUGGAGAAUUAAAGACAGUUAGGAAAUCACAGAAACUCCACUUUGAUUCCCUGAACAUCAAUGACUCUGGUCAAUACAUCUGUGUUGCUGGGAAUGACAUCGGAAAAACAGAAUCUCCACCAGUACAUGUCAAGGUGAAAUAUAUCCAACAUGUAACCAUCAUCCAUAACAUGACAGCUCAGAGGAAUUGGGAGCAUCCAGUCUAUCUGAUCUGCAGUGCUGAUGCUCAUCCUCCUCCGAAAGUAUUCAAGUGGUACAGACUGGAAAACAAAACAGUCUUGUCCCACCAUCAAAACUUCACCGUUCUACCUCAGAACCCAGGAAUGUACUACUGCACCGCAACCAAUGAUGUUGGGACCUCAAAAUCUGAACCCAUCAUGCUAUUUGUCCACAGCAGACUUACUCUGUUCUUGGUUAUUUUCUCCAUCAUUCUGCUGCUGAUUCUCAUUGCUCUGGCCAUCUUUUUGAUACGCAGAGAAAUCAUCAAGGCAAGAUUAGAUCAACAGAAUGGAGCAGAUAAUCCAUUGCAUUUUAUCCCAAUGUUCCUGUCACGCUCUUCCACAGUGACAAACUUGCUUUUAUUGGGAUCUCAAAAUAAUACUCGUGAGAAUCUGUCAAUGACUGGGAUUUCUGAUCCAAACCAUGGAAGGACGGUCUACUCGGAGAUAGCACUCCAUUCGCAAGAUCCUGCAAGAACACAGGUUCCUGGUGCAAGGCCAGUAUCCAAUAACCAAAAACAAAAAGUGGCUAAAGUGAAACAGGGAAACCCUAAAAAACAAGACAACGGGGACAACAAUUCACUGAACUAUGCUACAUUGGAGUUUAUGGGGAAAAAUGAACCAGCAAAAGGAGCAUCUGAAAAUACUGGUUUAGCGGUCUACGCCAAGGUGGCAAAGAAAAAACAAACAAAGAAUACUGAGCCAGAGCAAGAUUAUGAGAAUGUUUCUUCUGCAUGUGCCCCAAAACUUCAGUUCAAUAAUUUUGACUGGGAGUCAGAUACCAGCGAAGAAGAUGACAUAAAUUACACCAUCGUGUCUUGUCGUGCUAAGCCCGGUCUCAGAGGACCCAAACCCAAACAGGAGAGUGAUUCGAGUACUAGUUCUGAUGAAGACAGCACCGUAUAUUCAGCCAUAAAAAAAUAAAAGCCAGGUGGACAUGGUGAUGUAUAUUAUUUUAUAUCUGAAAGAUGUGGCAAGCGUGAUGUAAAAUUAAAUAGUUUGUUCGAACACAAUAUCACUGCAAUUCAUAAGUAUUUUACGAGGAGGCUAAUUUCUAUGAUCACAUACUCUUUAAUAUGAUCUGUUUUUGUCCCAGUGCUAUUGGGUUUAAUGACAGGGCUUCAGUAUUUUAAAUUACCCACAUCAUAAAAUAGUUACAAAUUGCAAUGGGUUCAGACCACUUAUUCAUUUGUCAAAGCGCUUCUUUUAAUUUUUUAAAAUUCUUUCAAUUCUUUUACAUUUUUCAGUUUAAGUUGAACAAAUUCACAUUUGGAGUCGGGUUAUAUUGCAGAAGAUUUUAUAAACAAAUCCAAAUGAAUUCAGCAAACCAACAGCCUAAUAUUGAAAGGUUCUGUAUGAUACUGUAAAGAUAAUGAUCCUUUGAAUGCAACAAUUGUACCAAAUGCUUGUGCAUGAUACUUGAUAACUAUGCUUGUGCAACAAAAAAGCUAUAGACAUUUUAUUUUUAUACAUUUUAUAAAUUGU